AUGGGCCCUGGCAUAUUUAUACAUGUGUCUGGUUAUGCGGUCCCAGCCCCUUUGGCUCCUUGUCGAUAUACUAACGGUGCAGUUGGGCAAAACCCAAAUUUGGCCUUCUAUGCUUGGCGCCUCCAAAACACUCGCUCAUGUUCGGUGACCAUGGUCGAUCCGUCUCUUGAUCCGUCGCAGCCCCUCAUAUGGGACUCGCUGCUGUUCUCCGCUUCGGAGUUCGUUCCGGACAAGUUGGUUCCAUCCGUGGACCACCUCGAGUCGUCUGCGAAAUAUGACUUUGUCAUAGUCAGUGUCUCCACUCUACAGAGCUUCCAAGACGUCUGCUCGCUGCUAGUGCCGCAUGUACGUGACGAAACGCUCAUCAUAGUGGAAUCCACCGGCUGCGUUAACCUCGAGCCCUUUGUGCUGUUGAGUUUCCCCAAAUUCAAGGACAUGCCCAUCUGUUCCAUUAUGAACGAAUCAAACAUCAAGAGGGUGCCCGGAUCCAGCACAUUUAUCCACCACAUUGCAAAUUCGGACCACAGAAUAUACUUGGGAACGUGUUCAUCCGACGAUUCCAAAUCCGGCAACUUUGUCCUGCUGUUCACUAGACUCUACAAGUUGUUGCAAAUGGUACAAGAAGACUCCAAUGGCCACAUCAGCUUGCUAAAAUCCAACAAUGCCCAAGAGUUCAUGACUUACCAGUGGAAACUUGCGUUGCCGCGUAUUGUUUUGAACCCAUUGUCGAUUCUUUUUGAGGAACCUUCGCCGGAGAAAUUGCACGCCCAGAUUUUGGCAAAGCCAUUGAUCUCUGGCUUGGUUAAUGAGAUUUUCAAAAUCAUUAAAAAAAUGAAGUGCAAACUCGUUAAAGGCUUUGAGAACGAAGCUAAUUUGGUUCUGAAUUGGCUGGCUAUCUAUCCCGCCUCCGCUCCGGAACUGUCUGUUCCUUAUCUGAAUGCUAACCUGUUAUUCUACAAAUUCUACCAUAGGCAGGAAAUUGAUAUUGACUUAUUAUUGUUGCAGCCAAUUCUUUUGGGUGAUGACCAUGGUGUGCGGACGCCGUAUUUGGAAAACUUGUAUUCUGUCAUGUGUCAGUACUUGAAAGUCAACACCAACAACUCGUCGCUUUUUUUUGUGCGGAACAUACCUGGACAAGAAAAGGCCAGACGGGAAAUCGACAAUGUCGCAGACGAAUUAUCUCAUCUCAGGUUGGAAAAGGAAAAAUAUGAUGCAAGUAUACAUGAGCGGCAAACCCAGCUUCAACAGCUUGAGUCAUCAUUAUCCCAAAAGAAACAUGCGCUUUCAUCCCUCUUACAAGAAAUUGACAUGCAAACGCGUAAUCAUGAGCACAAGAUGAAAAUGUUUUCAGACACUGAAAUUCAGCACCAACAGCAAUUAGCAGAAAUUCAAAACCGCUGCAGUGCUAAACAAGCCGAGUUGGCUAAGCUCUCUGAGAACAAACAAACUUUAAGCGCAAAUGAACAGCCGGUUAUUCCCGCGGACUAUAAUCAGCAGAGGGAAGUGGCGCCAAUCAAAAGUCAAGUGGUCACUGUUAAGCAGCAAGAAAACAAAAAUGGAAACCCAACGACACCAGAUUUGUCAGACUUUGCCCAUGUUGCUGUCUACGGUGCAGAACUUAAUGGUGAGCAUCCAAGCAAGCCACAAGUUCUGGCACCACCAGAGCAAAUGCCCCAAGUUCAAAACAAGGAAAUGGAACUUCAACGCCGUGAACAGGCGCUUCUUGAGCGUGAACGUGAGCUCGAGCAGAAGAGCAUCCAAUCUCAACCUCCUAUGCAGCGCGAAGAACUGUACUUUCAGAAUGGUGGGCCUCCUAUGGGCGACGGUUACCAGAAUGGACCUCCGUUGAACGUAGCGUACAAUGGUUCCAAUACUUCCUACAACGGAUCUUACAAUGGUUCCUUCAACGGACCAUAUGGCGGACCGAAUCCCAACGGCCCGAUGUAUAAUGGGCCUGGGAACUAUCGUCCUUCACAUUCUCUUACAAGUGCAAGCGCCAACCACGGAUAUUAUGAAGGAUACGACCAGCGGCCUCCACAUGGCUUGCCAGCGAACGGCAUGGUGCAGGGCUCCAUGCCUGCUGCAUUGCGGAAUCCCCAGAAGUAUCCACCUUCGCCAGUUCAAGUUCCUCCUGCCCAGCGCCAGCGCAUGAGCUCGUAUCCUACGCUGGGCCACCCCAAUGCGCAAUUUCAACAACCGCAAUUUGCUCAGCAACAGGUGUCUAAUGGUCCUAUCGUGGGACAUGGCUCGGGGCAAUUCAACAAUUAUCCGAAGAAACAAAAUAGGCGUUCGGCGUUCCCCGAUCAAGCCUUGAAUAUUGAUUACGGUGGACGCGGAGGAAUGCCUAUGCCAACGUCGUCCCAAAAUGCGGCAAAAUCCAAACACAGAUCUACUUUGCCUGGUCAGAUGCCGUCGCCACCAUUGCCGCAACAAAGAAAGUCUAAUACACAAGUGCCAAGUUCCUCUUCGGGUAUCCCGAGCCAUCUCCGGCCACCACAAGAGGGAACAAAGCCAGGACCUUCGGGAUCUAAUGAAGAGAUUGGUAAAUCUGCAAAUGGCAGUGCCAAUCAGGAUAUAACCAUCGAAGUUCCCCAGGCCGAAAUCGCACCAAAGCCUUUGGGAAGCAUUGCUCCUGCAACGACAGAAAAGAAAAAAAAGAGAGGGCUUUUCAGAAAAUCUUAG